ACUACUCGAGAAGAUUAUUCGAUAAUACAAUGGCAGAAGUCGCUCCAGCAGUUGCUCCGGCCCCGGCAAAGGCCCCCAGGAAGAAAGCAGCCAAGCCGGCCAAGAAGUCCGGUCCCGGCGCCGCCGAGCUCAUCCUGAAAGCUGUCGCCGCCUCUAAGGAACGCAAGGGUAUUUCCUUCGUGGCUCUGAAGAAGGAGUUGGGCGCCAAAGGCUACGACGUAGAGCACAACAAUGCCCACAUCAAGCGCGCCAUCAAGACUCUGGUGUUGAAAGGAGCCCUCACCCAGACCAAGGGAACCGGGGCGUCCGGGUCCUUCAAGGCCGCCAAGCCUGCUGAAAAGCCCAAGAAGGUAGCAGCUAAGAAACCCGCAGCCAAAGCCAAGAAGCCGGCAGCGAAGAAGCCCGCCGCCGCUAAGAAGCCAGCAGCUGCCAAGAAGACUGUCGUCGCAAAGAAGCCAAAAGCAGCCAAGGCAACACCCAAGAAGGCGAAGAAACCUGCGGUCAAGAAGGCUACAAAGAGCCCUAAGAAGGUGGCCAAGAAGGCGGCAACCCCCAAAAAGGCAGCACCCAAGAAGGUUGCACCCAAGAAAGCCGCAAAGAAGGUCGUCAAGCCCAAAGCGGCAAAACCCGCAAAGAAAGUUGCAGCCAAGAAACCAGCAAAGAAGUAAACUCUUCACAUUUGAACAUACUCAACCAACGGCUCUUUUAAGAGCCACCCAAAUCCACCUAAAAGAGCCCUUUUUCCGAAUCUA